AUGAAGAUGAUAGUGGUCUUGGAUCAGAAAUUGGAUACCACCUUGAUAGGCAUAUUGAUGUUUGAAACGGAUUCCAGCUCCGGUGUGGUUCAUUGGAUGCCUUCGUUUGUGCUAUUGGUUUGGCAGUUCCCGGAUUCACAUCACUCCGGCACCAUUCCACCACAGCUCGGACGCCUCUCCUUCCUCGUCUCCCUCGACCUCACCAGCAACAUCUUCGGUGGAGCUCUGCCUCCCGAGCUAUCUUUCCUUCACCGGUUGAAGUUCAUAUCCCUCCGGCUUAACAACUUCACCGGAGCCAUUCCUCCUCUCUUUGGCCAUUUUCCAAAGUUAGAGAGCUUGAACUUACGCAACAACAGCUUCACAGGUUCAAUCCCCAAAUCACUCUCAAACCUAACAAACCUACGAUUUCUUGACCUAACUUCCAAUUCUUUGAGUGGAGAAAUGCCCAAAGAGCUGGGGAAACUUCAGAAUUUGCAAAGGCUGUGGAUCAGAUUGAAUCAUCUCUCCGGUGCCAUACCAUCCCGGAUAUUCAACAUGUCAAAGAUGGAGUCUAUGGCGUUGGGGGACAAUGAAUUGAGUGGAAGUCUUCCAACAGACAUUUGCAGUACUCUACCACCUGAGAUUGGCAAUCUUCACAACCUGGUUGGCUUCGGUGUUGAAAUAAAUCAGAUUGGGGGCUCUUUUCCAUUACAUAUGUUUGUGAAUAUGCCAUAUUUGGAAGAAUUAUCACUAUGGCGCAACAAUUUCACAGGGAAUCUUUCAAGGAAUCUUUGGAAUCUUACUAAGCUAACCUAUUUUGACCUCACGGAAAACAUGACAGGGCUUAUUCCAACUGAAUUUGGCCAACUUUACCAACUAAAGACAUUAGGGUUAGGGCUGAACCGCUUCAGUGGACCUAUUCCACGUGAGCUCUUUAACAUUUCAACUCUUCAAUUCAUUGAUCUUGUUAGAAAUGUUAUAUCUGGAGUUCUUCCAACCAAUAUAUGCCAUACAUCUCCCUCUCUUAAAGAACUUCACCUUGGCCUGAAUUCAAUCUCUGGACAAAUACCAAACUCCAUCUCAAAUUGCUCUCAACUCACAAAACUCUCACUUGGUGAUAACAAAUUCAGUGGUUAUACCUACGGAUCUCGGAAACCUAAGUCUUCUCAAAAGCAUUAG